AUGAAAAUCAUUAACUUAAUUAUCAAUUUGUUCAGCAUUUGUUUAAGUUUUGAAUUGGUUGAUUAUGAUAGCGAUGAGAUUACUUUGUACCCAACAGAAGGAGAGAUCCUUUAAUACAAUCUUUACAAUUUAUUGAGCAACUAUGAAAAUUGUGAGUUGAAUCCUCCAAAUUCAUUUGCUUAUAUAAUAGAUCUAACUUCAAAAAUUUCCGAAAUAUAAGGGCAAUGUAAAUAAAAUCAAUAUAUAUAUAUAGAAUUUAAAUCAUUAUCAUCAAAUAAUACCCAUUUUGCUGCACUAUCAUAUGAAAAUGAAGUGGUUAUCUAUAAAUGGAAGGAUUAAAUAAUGCAAUAAGUUGGAUAAUCUGUCAGUAUUGAUUCUAAAUAUAACUGUUUUAAUAUCAAUUUAUUUAUGGAUUUUUGGAUUUUAUUUGAUUGCUAUAUGGAUAACUAAUUGUAUCUAAUGAAAUUUAUUGAUGGUAAAUCUAUUAUUGUUAAUCAAUCUAAAUCUUUAAUGCCUAUUUCAACGAAGUUAUAAUCAAUAAUUAACGAAACAAAUCCUUUUAUAGUAUAUGCCUAAUAUUAUCAGCAUUAUUCAAUCAUUUCUCUUCUUUCAGCUCAAUUUUAAAAUUUAAGUUACUUGAAUAAUCAAUUUAUUGAUUUUGAUGCUCCUAUUAAUACAAUUAGUCCAAAUAUUUAUAUUAGUGCUUAGCAAUAGAUUUUAUAGUAUUCAAUCUCUAUUGACUCAACUUUUUAAUUAACAUUUAGUUUCCAUAACUAAUACUUUACCAAUUUUUCCAUAAUUAGCGUAUUUUAUAAUUAUUAGACUUACCCUUAGUAUGACAAUAUAUUAGUAGUAUUAUGCACAUAGUAUGGUAGUAAUUCUUUUAAAUAUAUUCAAUAAUUCUAAGGUUUUAAAAACUAAAUUAUUGUAGGUAAGAUUGAGUCUAUGUUAUCGUUUAAUUUUUAUUUCAUUAAAAUACUCUAAAAUAACUAUUUUUAUAUUUUGUAAGGUAUUGAAUAGAUAAUUAUCAUUGAAGUAUUGUCUGGCUUUUAAAAAAUGAUAGAUACAAAAAAUAACAACAAUUAAUUAUAUAUUAAUAAUAAUAAUUAGUUAUUUUCAUUUAAUUAAGACAUAGUUUUUUACUAACUUUCAUAACCAUCAUUAUAUAUUAAUUUAACUAACUCUUAAGUUGCAGGAAAGAGUUAUCAUUUUCUACUUUUGUGCAAUAAUCUCAUUUAAGAUUUUUAUAAACUUAAAAUUAAUCUUUAAGUUUUGUUUCCUAAUGAUACUAAUAUUUAUGUAAUGUUUAACCAAAAGUUUGUUAUGUAUGAGAUUUUGGGGGAUCUUAAUGAGUAAAGUUUUUUUAGCUUUUCAGGAUCAUUGUUAAAUUAUGCACCAAAUACAUCUUCCAUGGAUAUAGGCUGUUAAUAAAUUACUUAUUAAAAUAUUUAUGAAAUAAAUUAGACAUAUUCCUUAGCAUAACUUUUAAACAUAGAUUUCUAAUAUGGGUAUUAUCAAGAAAUAAGUUUUAUUGGAUAUAACAAUAAUUCAAUAUAAAUCUUUAAAAAUGACUAAUAGAAUCUUGUUGAAAUAAAUUUAAUCAAUAUUUCUAUAAAUGCAAAAUUGUUAUAAGCAUCUUAUACCUUUGAUAAUUAUUAAAUUAUUGGAAUCAGUAAUAAUGAUACUAUUUAUCUGUUCAAUUAAAGCAUAAACAAUAGUACUUAUUACUCAUAUAAUAUUACUUUCGAACAAGAAUUAUCAUAUUUUCUAUUAACCCAGAAUAAUCUAAUAAUACUAUUUCUCAAGUAAGAAAUUUAAAUAAUGACUUUUAAUUUUAUUAACACUUUUACUUUAAAUUAAUCAUACAUAAAUAAACAUUUUAAGAAUGUUCAGUUUAAUCCUAUUUAGAUUGAAAUGAAUAAGCAGUUAUAAUCAACUCUGUUAUUUAUUAACAACAUUAAUGAAGUUAUUAUAGUAUCUAUAGAGUAAAAUAAUAUUCCAAUACCAAUUUAACUCAUUAAAUUAGAUUUCUAAAUAAAACAAAUAAGCUUAGUUUAAUAAUUGCUUAUUAUAUCAUAUAUCUGUAAUAAUAGUAUUAAUAUUUGUUUCUAAGUUUGGAAUGUAUAAAAUUUGCCUCAAUUUUUCUAUGUCAAAAGUCUAUAUAGUUUACCUUUCGAUAAUUAAGUUAUCAUAUAGUCUGAUAACCUGUUCUUUUAUGUUACUUUAAGUAAUUAAAAUGUUUAUGUUUAUAAUCCAUAUUUUUCUUAGCAUAUGAGUUUAUAUUAUAAGUUAGAAUUAGCAUCACCAAUAUUGUGUAGUUUGGCUAUUUUUGAAUUUGAUUGGGGAAUAAAAUAGCUUAAGAAUUCCCUAAUUUUUUAAAACUAAGCUUUUUAUCAGUUGAAGCCUUUGUAAGCCUUACAGCUUACACUUUCAAAACCCUCAUAUUUAGAUUUUAACAAAACAUAUCCAUAAUUAAUUUAUAAUUUUUCUGUUACUUCAUCAUUAAAUUCGAAUGCCUUUUACUCAACUCCUAAUUAAAGCAUUUUACUAUACUCAAAUUUCACUCUUUUUAAUAAUUAGAAUUAUACAAUAAAUUUGAUUGCUGAGAAUUUUAAUCUGCAGAAUCAAAGUUUCAUUUAUCCAAUCAAUUUAAUAAUCGAUAGGCAAGUUAGUUUUUGCAAAAUUUCAGAUUAAUAUAAUUGCAAUUUAACUAAUUAGUUGAUAGGUUAGUAUUAUUAGAACUUCGAAAAAGUAAAUUACACAUUGAUCACAUCUAUAAAUAACUAAUUCUUUGCUUUACAGAAUAAUUACCUCAUACAGAUUAUUAAUAGUAAUUUAAAAUACCAAUCAUAUUAUGAUUAUUCAAAUCUAAAUUUAGACGAAUGCUUAUAAUCAACCUCAUAUUCUUAUGAUUUAUAUUCAGUUUGCCAAAAUAGUUCUUCUUAAUAUUGGUUAACCUUCACCUUAAGCACUUCAGGUAAUAUUUGUUAACCACAACUUAUUGUAUUUCCUAAAACAAUAAAUUAGAUAUAUUAAAUAAGCUCUAUUUAGGGCUAAAUUUUUAUCUUAGGAAAUUAUACUAUAGAACCUAAUUAUAAUCCUAAUGAUCAUAGAUUGUUCCAAAAUAAUAGCUUAUUUUGGUUCAAUUAAUUAAAAAACAAUUUCCAGAUAAUAUCAGACAAUUGCAUUGAAUUUUCAAUUGUUUAAUUACCAACUUCUAAUUAGGAAUAAAUACAAACAAUUAUGAUUUUAUUUAUUGAUUUAUAUUAGUAACUUAUAAAUUUCAUUAUGACGGUCGAUGGAAAUUACAACUAUUCCUCGAAUAUAUAAUUUGAAGAUCUUUAUUAUGAAUAAGGUUUAUAGGAAAUUCAAAUUUUGGAAACAAUUGGAAGGUAAAUAACCUAUCUGAUGACUGAUAAUUCUGGAGUUAGUUUCUUAUUAAAAUUUUAUUGUUAUUUGGAUGUUUUUAAGAAAUAAAUUAUUUAAAGUAAGAGUUAUUUAAUUCAAUCAAUUCCUAAUUAUGGUAAUUUAUAAACUACAUUAAAUUACAUUUAUUAAAAUGGUAUUUUUAUUCAAUAAUUUUAUAAUAACAAUUAUUAUAUUGUUGGAGCUUAUAAUUUAACUAAUUUAGGAGAACUUAAUUUAAAUGAACCUUAUCUGAUGUAAGUUUCUUUCAAUUUGUAUUCAGAAGAAUAUGCAGUAAUUGUAGAUCAAUUAUAUCAAAAUAUAAUAAUUCUAUCAUUUGAUAAUGUAAGCAAUCUUAUAAGUUAGAAAGGAGGUACAUAGAGUUUAAUAUGUCCUGCAGGUUUUUAAGACAAUUUAAAUAUAAAUGUCGAAUGUUUCAAUGAAUUUUCGUCUGGAAUUUAUUCUCUUACUUUCAUAUAUCCUUAAAAAAUCAUUGAUUUGUAGAAUAAAAGAAAAGCAUGGGCUAUUUCGCUUCUAUUAAUAAUUGUUAUGCUUCUGAUAUUUUCUUCAAUAUACAUAAAGUACAAAACAAAAAAUCUAAAUAUCCAUUCAGAAAUUGAGUUGUGA